CCUAUCAUUUGCGGAAACUCUUUUCUCUUAUCAGAAUAUAUCUCCUUCCUACCUACCUCCCGACGUCCCCGCUUCUGUCCCUGUCUCCAUCGAACGCCGCCUCCGCCCUCGUCCAUCUCCCCCUUUGUCUCCCAGACGCCCCCGGCAAUAAUACAUAAGGUCAAUUAAGUUCGUCAUGGUUACUAUGAGCUCUGUCGCUCUUGGUGAUGUUAGAAUUGUCAGAAGUGUAGAUGUUCAGAGCUAUGUAGGCUUGAAGCCAUCGACAGCUCGGAAAUCUGUCUCUUUGUUGAGGAGAACUGAGACACGACCUCUCAUGAUCGUUAGAGCAAGCAAGGAGCGGGAGAUAUCGGUGAAGAGCUCGGGCUUAAGUAUUGAGGAAUGUGAAGCUGCUGCUGUGGCCGGAAACUUCCCUGAUUCUCCAUCCCCUCGAAGACCAUUGGCUCCAAGAGGAACCCCAAAUGUCAAACCACUUCCACUUUCUAGGCGCCCGCGACGUAACAGAAAGUCGCCCACAUUGAGAGAUGCUUUCCAGGAGACAAAUUUGUCACCCUCAAAUUUGGUACUUCCACUAUUUAUUCAUGAAGGAGAAGAGGAUGUCCCAAUUGGAGCUAUGCCUGGAUGUUAUAGGUUGGGAUGGAGACAUGGUCUUCUUGAAGAGGUCUACAAGGCACGAGAUGUUGGUGUGAAUAGUAUUGUGCUCUUUCCUAAAAUUCCUGAUGCAUUAAAGUCACAAACAGGAGAUGAGGCAUUCAAUGACAAUGGUUUGGUGCCUCGGGCAAUACGCCUGCUUAAGGACAAAUACCCUGAUAUUGUUAUUUACACUGAUGUUGCGCUGGAUCCUUACUCCUCUGAUGGGCAUGAUGGUAUUGUGAGGGAAGAUGGUGCUAUCAUGAAUGAUGAAACAGUUCACCAGUUGUGUAAACAGGCUGUUUCUCAGGCUUCGGCAGGAGCUGAUGUUGUUAGUCCUAGUGACAUGAUGGAUGGUCGAGUUUCAGCAAUUCGAGCAGCUCUAGAUGCUGAAGGCUUUCAGGAAGUCUCCAUUAUGUCCUACACUGCAAAGUAUGCUAGUUCGUUUUAUGGUCCCUUUAGAGAAGCUUUAGAUUCCAAUCCACGCUUUGGAGACAAGAAAACUUACCAGAUGAACCCAGCAAAUUACAGAGAGGCCCUUGUUGAAACUGAGGCAGAUGAGGCUGAAGGAGCAGAUAUUCUGUUGGUUAAACCAGCAAUGCCAUAUUUGGAUGUUAUACGUCUUCUGCGAGAUAACUCCGCUUUACCAAUUGCUGCAUAUCAGGUUUCUGGUGAGUAUUCUAUGAUCAAAGCUGGUGGGACUCUGAAAAUGGUUGAUGAAGAGAAGGUCAUGAUGGAAUCGCUGCUAUGCAUCAGACGAGCUGGUGCAGACAUCAUCCUUACUUACUCUGCUCGUCAAGCUGCAAGUCUUUUAUGUGGCAUGAAGUCAGAGUAGAUUGAUGUCACCCAAAAUUUUCUGAUUAGAUUAAUGGAGACACCAGAAAGCGUUGUACUUUUCAUGUUGAGUUAUUCUCCUGUUGUUAGUCGGAUUAGUCAAAGGAAGUUGGGUGUGUGAUGAAUUUCUUGCUUUGACAUGACAAAACAGUUGAAACUUCAUGUUUAUCUGAGAAAUUAAAAUAUUUCAGAAGAGGGAAUGCCAAAGCAGUCUUUCUUGGUGAAUUGAGUA